AUGUCGAACAACCACAACUUUGACGUCGUCGUGGUUGGCGGCGGCAUGACCGCGUGCAUAGCGGCUCUCACUGCUUAUGAGAAUGGAGCUCGAGUAGCCAUUGUGGAAGCUGCGCCGAGGGAUGAGCGUGGAGGGAACAGUCGCUUCGCAGGAACAGUAUGGCGAUUCGUGCACGAAGGCAGAGAGCACCUCAAGCCACUGCUUGACGCCAAGGCAUUGGAGAGAUUCGACGGGGCUGAAAUAGGACCCUACACAGCAGCAACGUUCGAAGAGGACAUGCUCAAGAAGUCAGGCGGUCGACAUGAUCGAGACGAGAUCAAGACUUUGAUCCAGCGUGGGUAUCCCACGGUGCAAUGGCUGGCUGGGCAUGGAACUCCUUUCGAGCUGCCUUUUGACUUGUUCGUUCCUCGGAAAGCAGAAAAGGGGCAGCGAGUCAAUCUCUAUCCCGGCGUUCCUGUCAUCAACCGUGAUAAUGGUCGAGGGUUGACCGAUGCGGUGUGGGCAGCUGUGGAGAAGACUAAUAUCAAAGUCUUCUACGAGUCACCCGCGCAUGACUUGAUCGUCAAGGGUAAUCAAGUCCUCGGCAUCACCGUUCGCCGUAACAUGGGCUUCGACCGUUUCUACGGCAGAGUCAUUCUAGCCUGCGGCGGAUUCGAAGCCAAUCCACGAAUGCGUCGACAAUACCUAGGCGAAGGCACUGAGCUAGCCAUCGUCCGAGGCACCCGCUUCAACACAGGUCGAAUGCUGGAGCAAAGCAUCGCCGCAGGAGCCCAGGCUCAAGGCCACUGGGGCGGCUACCACUGCGCACCCCUAGACAUCAACACGCCCAAAGUCGGCAACUUCGAAUCACUAGACGCAUGGGAGCGCUACGCCUUCCCAUACUGCAUCAUGGUCAACACCGCUGGGCAACGUUUCGUCGACGAAGGCGAAGACGAGACCAGUCUCAUCUACUCCAAAAUCGGCGCCGCCCUAGCGAAGGAGAAAGACGCCAAAGCGUUCCAGAUCCUCGAUCAGAAAACGGUCAAGUACCUCGAGCCUCGUUACUUGUCUCAUGGGACGCGGAUAGAAGCCAACACUAUUUCGGGGCUCGCUGAGAAGCUCGGUAUCGAGCCAUCAAGCCUCAACAAGACUGUGGACGACUUCAAUGCCGCGGUCCCCGACGAAUCGACCCCCUUCCAUCCCUACCAAAAAGACGGUCGAUGCACGAAAGAAGGCCUCUCGCCGAAAAAAUCCCACUGGGCGCAGAAGAUCGACAAGCCCCCUUUCGUCGCCUAUGAAGUGACGGUCGGCAUCACGUUCACUUUUGGAGGGAUCAAAACGGACCAGUCUGCCUGCGUCAUGAACAAUGAAGGGAACGUUAUGCCGGGCUUGUACGCUGCGGGCGAGAUGACGGGGGGUUUCUACUUUGGCUAUGCGGCGGGUGCUUCCUUACUUCGGUCGGCGGUCUAUGCGAGGAUUGCUGGUGAGCACGCUGCUAGACGGGGGGACAAUCGGGAGUUGGUUGCUAGGCUGUGA